UAAAGUGGUAGAUUGCCAGCCUUGAUUGAAAAAAAGGGAACAGCAACCAGGCCCAGAGUUCAAGUCCCAGUCUGCAAAACAUUACCAAAGUAAUGUUACCAUACUACCUGUCCUUCUACAUCAGAAAAAGGAAAUGCUCUGCAUUUAGGUGCAAAUGGCGGACAUUCAUGUGUAUUACAAAAUACAGGCCUGGAUAAAAUACAGGAUAAAAAUUAUAUAGCAAAAUAUCCUUUAGAAGAUACUGUUUUAUUUCAACUUGUAAUUCAACUUGGUAUUCCCAUUUUCCUAUGCUGAGUUUACCCUUUGCUGUAUAUACUUAGGAUAUCAUAAAAUCAAAAUUAAUAGCCUUUGUGGGUAUAAAAGAUAUACUGUAAGAAUAUUGAGACUGUAAGAAGAAUUCUAUUGCUACAUGACCUCAGAACUCUAUAAACUGGGAAUGGGAAGGUAAAUAUUUUUUGAGGCAUAAAAAACAAUAGUUAUGAUAUCUUUUAUAUCAACUUUUUAUCUUAGUAUGAGAGUUUGUUUAUAAUGCAAGGAGGAUUUUAAUUCAAGUUAGUUUUCAGUCUCACCUAUUGAAAAAUUAAGACAAAAAAACUUCAGCAUUUUAUUAUUUUGCAUAUGUCCGAUAUUAGUCAUAUGAAUAUCUUUAAAAAGUACACAUUAGUUUGCACAUCUACUAAUCGCACUGAACAAGGGACUGCCAAGAAGUCAAGAGAAUUAGGUUUUAACCAAGUUGGUUAUGAAAAGAUUGGUGAUGAAAGGGGUUUCUCCGACUCGGUUCCCUGAGGUGUAAAGUGAGGAACACACGCGCUGUCCGAGUCUCCAGUAUUCCCGACAGCUAACACACCAAGCCACCCGCUGUUAACAGAACCUGAAGCCACCAUGGGAGAUGAAGAUUGGGAAGCAGAAAUCAUCAAGCCUCACAUGUCUUCUUAUGUUCCUGUGUUUGAAAAGGAUAAAUAUUCUUCUGGAGCAAAUGGAGACACUUUUAACAGGGCUUCAGUUUCAUCACCGGAAAUGGACAACGGGUCUUCAAGAAAAGAUCCUUUCUUGAGAACUGGAUUUGGCUCUGGGAGGAGUUUGGGAAACAGAGAUGCUGGAGAGUUUAGUAAAAAAGAGACUAUACCCACAAUGGGUAGUUUUGGAAGUGGAAAAGGUUUUGGAAACAGAGGUUUUUCAAAUAAUAAGUUUGAAGAAGGCGACAGCUCUGGUUUCUGGAAAGAGUCUAAUAAUGAUUGUGAAGAUAAUCAAACAUGGAACAGAGGGUUUUCCAAGAGAGGCGGCUUUCAAGAUGGAAAUGAUUCAGAAGCUUCUGGGCCAUCCAGAAGAGGUGGAAGAGGUAGUUUCCGAGGUUGCCGUGGAGGAUUUAGUGGUAUUGGAAGACCAAGUGGUGGUGAGUAUGACCAAGAUGAGGGAGCACCGCGUACUAGUGGUCUUUUUGGUUCUAGAAGACCAGCAUUAAGUGGUGCAGGUAAUGGUGACACUUUCCAAAGCAGAAGUGGUAGUGGCAGUGGCAGUGGCAGUGGACGAGGUGGUUAUAAAGGUUUAAAUGAAGAAGUAGUAACAGGCACUGGAAAGAAUUCUUGGAAGUCAGAAGCUGAAGGAGGAGAAAGUGGUGAUGUUCAAGGACCAAAAGUGACCUACAUACCCCCUCCUCCACCAGAAGAUGAAGAUUCCAUCUUUGCACAUUAUCAGACUGGCAUAAACUUUGACAAGUAUGACACUAUUCUUGUAGAAGUAUCUGGACAUGAGGCACCACAAGCAAUUCUGACUUUUGAAGAAGCUAAUCUUUGUCAAACACUGAGUAACAACAUUGCCAAAGCUGGCUAUACUAAGCUUACACCUGUGCAAAAAUACAGUAUUCCUAUUAUAUUAGCUGGACGAGAUUUGAUGGCUUGUGCUCAGACAGGGUCUGGGAAGACUGCGGCUUUUCUCUUACCUAUUUUGGCUCACCUGAUGCGUGAUGGAAUAACUGCAAGUCGUUUUAAAGAGCUUCAGGAACCAGAGUGUAUUAUUGUAGCACCAACUCGAGAAUUGAUCAACCAGAUAUAUUUGGAAGCCAGAAAAUUUUCUUUUGGGACUUGCAUCAGAGCAGUUGUUAUAUAUGGGGGAACCCAGUUGGGGCAUUCAAUUCGACAGAUAGUACAAGGCUGUAAUGUAUUAUGUGCCACACCUGGGAGACUGAUGGAUAUCAUAGGUAAAGAAAAGAUUGGACUCAAACAAGUCAAGUAUUUAGUUUUGGAUGAGGCAGAUCGCAUGUUGGAUAUGGGCUUUGGACCAGAAAUGAAGAAACUAAUUUCUUGCCCAGGAAUGCCAUCCAAAGAACAACGACAAACUCUUUUGUUUAGUGCUACUUUUCCAGAAGAAAUUCAGAGGUUGGCUGGAGAGUUUUUGAAGUCCAAUUAUUUGUUUGUUGCUGUUGGACAAGUAGGUGGAGCGUGUAGAGAUGUUCAGCAAAGUAUUCUCCAAGUUGGCCAGUACUCAAAAAGAGAAAAACUUGUUGAAAUUCUACGAAACAUAGGUGAUGAAAGAACUAUGGUCUUUGUUGAAACUAAGAAAAAAGCGGAUUUUAUUGCAACCUUUCUUUGUCAAGAAAAAAUAUCAACUACAAGCAUUCAUGGUGAUCGAGAACAAAGAGAGAGAGAACAAGCUCUUGGAGAUUUUCGCUGUGGAAAGUGUCCAGUUCUUGUUGCUACUUCGGUAGCUGCCAGAGGAUUGGAUAUUGAAAAUGUUCAGCAUGUUAUCAAUUUUGAUCUUCCUUCUACCGUCGAUGAAUAUGUUCAUCGAAUUGGACGUACUGGGCGUUGUGGGAAUACCGGCAGAGCAAUUUCUUUUUUUGAUCCUGAAUCAGAUAAUCAUUUGGCACAGCCGCUAGUCAAAGUACUGUCAGAUGCUCAACAGGAUGUUCCUGCAUGGUUGGAGGAAAUUGCCUUUAGUACAUUUGUUCCUGGCUUCAGUGGUAGUACAAGAGGAAAUGUGUUUGCAUCAGUGGAUACUAGAAAGAGUUUCCAGGGCAAGAGCACUUUGAAUACAGCCGGAUUUUCUUCUUUACAAGCUCCGAAUCCAGUAGAUGAUGAAUCGUGGGAUUAAAGCAAAAAACAAACAAGACAAAAAAAAGCUUCAAGUCUAUGGUAUGGUUUUGAUGCAGAGAAGAAAAGUUUUGAUUUUUAAAUUUUUAACAGAAGUGUGAAACCUGACAUUCUUAUAACUCCUAUAUCCUUCUGUUCUCCUACCCUUAAAAAACUAUGCAAACUAGUUACGCAAAAUGCUAAAAGUUACAACGUUAUUGUUACAGAUGGUGUUAACUGGAAAUAUUAAAGAAAUCUAAGUGUCUUAUUUCUAGUGUUCAGGUCAUGUCUAAAUGCUAGGUCUCAGUAUAAUACUAAUUGCUCCUAUAAAACAACCAAUAGGAUAUAAUGUACUUUUGGCUAAAAAUUAUUGGAUCUCAUUUCUGCUUGAAUCUUUAAAGCAAAUUUCUGUCACUACAAUGUGGUAACAUGAUUUUUGUGAAACAGUAGAAGACUGAAGCCUUUCAAGGUGAUUUUGAUUUUAGAUUUUCAGAUGUAUGCUGAAAAUGGUUAAGUUUGCAAAAUGAUCUCUGUACUCAAUGGCAUAACAUUGUUUGUUUUUACAUUA